GCUUUUGCCUCUUCGGCAUUGGCUUUGUCGACACCACACAAAUAUGUGAGCCACGAGAAGCGAGAUGCUCCUCUGAAGAAAUGGGUCAAGCGUAAUAGCCUGUCCCCCGAUGCUGUGCUGCCAAUGCGAUUUGGCCUGAAGCAAUCGAACAUCGACAAUGGCGCCGGUGCUUCUCUCAUGGACGAGCUGUCCCACCCAGACUCCCCUCGUUACGGACAGUGGCUUUCAGCUGACGAGAUCAUCGACUUCUUUGCCCCACCACAGCACGCCGUUGAUGCUGUCAAGAACUGGCUCAGUGAGGCUGGCAUCGAUAGCAAGCGCAUCUCUCACUCAACAAACAAGCAGUGGAUCCAGCUUGACGCCAAGGUCCACGAAGCUGAACGUCUGCUGAAGAGCAAAUAUUAUCACUACGAGCAUGUUCCCACCGGUAAAGUUCACGUUGCUUGUGACGAGUACUUCCUUCCAGAGCACUUGUCACAGCAUGUCGACUAUGUGACUCCUGGUUUGAAACUUCUUGGAGGCGGCAAAGCCUCGAAUGGUCGUGAGCUCGGUGGACGCUAUGAUGAUCUGGAGAAGCGAGGUUUCCGUACUUCGAAGAACCAGAAGUUCUCUACUCCUAUCUUUGGACCUCAUGUCACUGCGCCGCUCUCUUCGCUUAACGGCACCAACCAAUUGGCGAACUGCGACCAGUACAUCACUCCUGAAUGUAUUGCGGCCAUGUACAACAUCACCAAGGGAACAAAGGCUGCUCCUGGUAACGAGCUCGGAAUCUUCGAGGAAGGCGACUUCUACACCCAGCAGGAUCUGACCCUGUUCUUUGCCACUUUCGCCAACUACAUCCCCCUCUUGACCCACCCUAAGUUGGAGGGUAUUGAUGGUGGCUUCGCUCCUUCUGCUGUUGCUGGUGGGGAGUCUGAUCUUGACUUCGAGAUUUCCUACCCAAUAAUCUGGCCACAGAACAGCGUCCUGUUCCAGACCGAUGAUAUCUUCUACGCUACUGGUGUCGAGGGCGGCGGAGGCUUCUUGAAUACCUUCCUUGAUGCUAUCGAUGGAUCCUACUGCACAUACUCUGCAUAUGGCGAGACCGGUAACGCAGCUAUCGAUCCAGUCUACCCAGACCCGAACCCUGCCGGCUACCAAGGCAAGCUGCAGUGUGGUGUCUACAAGCCAACCAACGUCAUCUCUAUCUCUUACGGAGAGCAGGAGGAUGAUCUGCCAACCAACUACCAACAGCGACAAUGCUCCGAAUUUAUGAAGCUCGGAAUGCAAGGUGUAUCAGUGGUUAUUGCUUCCGGUGACUCUGGUGUCGCCGCCCGAAGCACGGAUGACGGCAACAGUGAUGGCUGUCUCGGCAAUGGUGAGGUCUUUAACCCAGACUUCCCAGCUUCCUGCCCAUACAUCACCGCCGCUGGUGCCACCUACCUUCCACCAGGCGGUAACGCCCAGAAGGACCAGGAAGUUGCCGUCACUCGCUUCCCAUCUGGUGGUGGAUUCUCCAACAUCUACCCACGACCAUCCUACCAGAGCUCCGCAGUCAACACCUACCUGACCGCCCACACGCCCCCAUACAAGACCUACAACACUUCCGGCAUGAACAACCCUCCUGAGACUGUCACCAAAGGCGGUAUCUACAACGUCGGCGGCCGUGGCUACCCUGAUAUCAGUGCUGUGGGAGACAACGUCGUUGUCUUCGUCAACGCUAUGCCAACUCUGAUCGGAGGUACUUCUGCUUCCGCACCAGUCUUCGCAUCUAUCUUGAACCGUAUCAAUGAGGAGCGUAUCGCCGCUGGUAAGAAGACCGUCGGCUUCGUCAACCCAACUCUCUACAAGAACCCAAGCGCUUUCCACGACAUCACUGUUGGAAGCAACCCUGGCUGCAAUACCCAAGGCUUCGCUGUCUCCCAGGGCUGGGAUCCAGUUACUGGACUGGGAACUCCAAACUAUCCAGCGCUCCUGAAGGUUUUCAUGGCGUUGCCAUAG